UUGAGUUGGAUACCAGUAGUCAUCGGAUAGACUCGACGUGGAACGGUCGUUUGGUGUUUGUUAGUUAAUAAGGGGGGAACGUGGUGUUCACGACAGAAGUCACUAUUUGUUCCUUCACUUUUGAAUAAGUGUACAAUUUUCCUUGCGUUCGCAUUAAUAUAAAAAUAAAAUAAUAAAUAAAUAUAUAUGUGUGUGUGUAUUUAUACAAAUGCAUUCAAGUCCAGCUUAAUCACUAUACAAUAUAAAGCAACAGUCCGCAAACGUUCAUAUUGGCUAGUAUAUACGUAUGUAUGUAUGAAUAUAUGUACAAGUAGCAGUUGUAGAGUGAAAAAUUUACGUUAGUACUCGCAGAAAAUGUUAUAAGUGAAUAAGAAAAUCAAAGAUAUUUUUAUGGUGGAGUUUUUCGGGUUCGGCCAAUAAAAUAGCGAAAAUUCGUACAAACACGAAACGGAAAACGGAAAAAAUAACGCAAUAGAUUCAAUUCUUGCAAUCGAGUUGGAAUCUGUAAAAUCGAAAGAAGUCAAAUUGAUAGAAGAAGAAGCACGCGAAGAAGGAAAAAGUGCGAAAUUUGUGUGUGUGAACGCGCGUGUGUUUGUGUAUAUGUGUAUACAAUUAGUGUGUGUUUGUGUGUGUGUAUAAAAGUGUAUGCGAAAAGUGAAUAGCAGAAGAAUUGUGAAAAACAGGUUUCUUAGUUGUGGCAGCGGUCGCUUAUAUAGAAGUAGCAGUAGCAACAGCAACAGCAACAGUAACAACAAAGCCAACGGCAAUAGCAAUAGCAAAGGAAGCAGCAGCAGCAGCACCGCAUAGGCAACAUUAACCAAAUCAACGAAUUGAGCAUACGAAAAGCAGAACCAAUAACAACAAUACCAAACAAACUUAAAAAUACAAAAAAUCAGUAGAAUACCCAGCAGCAGCUGAGAAAAAAAAAAGAAUUGAGCUGCGCGUUUAUGUGUAUUAAUGGUCGAAGAAGAGUGUGUGUAUCAAUAUAACUUUGACCAGAAAUAGAUACAUGCAUACAUACAUACACGCAUAUAUUUGUACAUACGCAUUUGUAUGAAUAUUCGACGAUAUUUCUCCUGUGAUAUUUAAUCAAAAAAUUUCUGUUUCCUACAACAAUUGAAAUUUAGCAAAUACUCAAACGAGUACAACCACAACAACAACAACGCUUAUAAAAAUACCACACACGAGCACUCCUUCACUCAAUACGCCAGUGUUAAUUUGUUGUUGUUGUCAUAAAAUAAUUUCGUGAGUGUGAUUCUGUGUGUGUGUUUUUUUUUGCAUUUUUGACAUGUGCUUGGCGUGUUCGAAACGGUGAUGUUGCCAAAUAAACUGGUUGUAAUCUACUGCCAACAAACGACGCAAGAACAACGUCCCAACGAUAACAGUAUCAACACCAGCAGCAACAUCAUCAACAGCAACUGCAGCAGCAACAACAACAAAAAUAGCAUAAACAGCAAUUGCAUUAGCAACAGGAACAGUCACGACAACAACAGAAGCAACAGCAACAAUAAUAACUGCGACAUUGGCAAUUGCCAACACCACAACGUGAACGACGGCAACAGCGACGCUGCCGUCGACAACGACGACGACCACGACGAGGACGAGGACUACGUCAAUGACGGCCACGCCUCAAUCAAGUAUGAAAAUUGUGUUGGUCAAGUGUGUCGUGUUAGUGGUUGCAUAUUGAGUGUGUUAACGACGUUAGCAAGUCUGCAGCAACAAGCGAGCACGCAUCCCGUUUGCGUUCCAGACCAACAACAAAAACAACCGCAACGAGUUGCACAACAAGAGCAACAACAGCAGCAGAAGCCACUGCAACAGCAAAGCCAAGAAAAGCAAAAACAUAAACAAAUACAAGCACAUAAAUAUACACAACAACAACAACGUGUUUAUAGUAGAACACUUACGAAACCACCAACAACAACCAUAAUAACGCACGCAAGUCGUACGUAUCCAUUGCCAGCAAACUUCCGUCAUUUGCCAUUCAAAGUGCGUCCAGUGAGGGCUAUUGAACUGUAUGCGAAGCAGCGGCAGAAGCAGAAGUAUUGGAAACGGAAAUUUGCAAACAUAAUUCGAAAAUAUGAAUUUAAUUAUUGUCGCCAUUGUGCUACUAAUGGCCCACAAGGAAUACAUGGCAAGCCCAACACCAUUAAAAUUACCAGGACACACACAAAAGCUCUCGCCCUAUAUACGGCACUGGGAGGCGGCGGAUUUCGAUCGUUCGCAUUUGCACUCGGCACAUCAGAAACACAUCGAACAGAAGCGUCAUCGUCGAAAAAGAGCACUGGAUUUGGGCGAAUUCGGGCCAGUGCACACAAUCAGACUGAAUUUCUUUGCUCAUGACAGAGAAUUUCGCAUGGUUCUCCAACAGAAUCCACUGUCGGUGUUUGCGGGUGAUGUUGAAAUCGAAAGCACGCAUGGACCGGUGGAUUAUGACAUUUCGAGAAUAUACACCGGCACACUAGAGGGUGAUGAGAACUCGAAUGUACAUGCCAUUCUCACCAGCGACAAUCUGCUCGAUGGCACCAUCGAAACGGUCGGUGAACACUACUAUGUGGAGCCAGCGCAUCGCUAUUCAAGCGAGUUGCCCGCAUCAGGUGUGCACAGUGUCAUUUACAAAGUCAGCGAUGUGCAAAUGCGCAAGUCGGCCGCAGCCGAGCACUGCGCCAGCGAACGACUGCGACGCGACAUGCUGCUGAACGAUCUGAAGCGACGGAAAGCGGUCACCACCGAAGCGGAAGCGUCAAAGUCGCUAGAGCGUCACAAGCGUUGGCUGCCGGAUGAGUUGGCUACAUCUAGCGAUGACCAUCAAAAUCCGCCCCUGCCAUUGGACUUGGACGUGCCCUACAACGACGACUUUAGCAUUUUUGCAGGUGGAGGCAGUCGUGGUCGCUUUCGAGAACAAGAACGCGGGAAGAACCGGGAACGGGAACGAGAUGCAGAUCGGGAUCGAGUUCGAGAUCGUGAAGAGAUCACUACAACGAAAAGUGUGACUAACAACAAUAACAAUAAGCAUGAGUUUAACUAUAAUAGGGAACAGCAACGAACUAGAUAUCAGCAAUCGGCGACGACGACGACAACCAUGACAACAACAACAUGGCGUAAUGCAGCUGCUGUUGAUAGGGAAACAACCGAUAGGUACGGCGACCUGCUGCGAAAUGUGAACAGUGCCAACAGUGAUAAUAGUGAUAACAACAGCAACAGCAAUACGCGAAGUGGCAACACUUAUGUUCCGUCCCUCAUUGUAGCGAACGCGUCCACCUAUGGUGGUGGUGUGCAGAAUCGCAACAUCCUUGUGAACAAUUACAAUCCCGGCAGUAGUUAUAGCAAUAGCAACACUAACUACAACAACAAUAAUAAUAAUAAUAAUAACAAUAACAAUGGCUUACGCAAAACCUAUGCCAAGCACAAGAAUAUCAUUGUUAGCACUUACAGCAAUAAAAACAACAACAACAAUAAUAAUAGCAGCAGCAACAACAGCAAUAAUCGUUCGUAUCCCUAUGAUUUUGUCAUCAACGGCGGUGGCAACAACAAUAACAACAAUGCAAACAGCAAUAAUGGCGUCAAUUAUAACUACAAUGACAACAACAACAAUAAUAAUCGCUUCGACACGAACAAUUUCUUUCAAACGAAUUGGUCCACUAUGUUCACCAACAACAACAACGAUCGUCCCAGUCACAAGACACACGUCGAAAUCAUAACAAAAAAUGGCGCCACCAAAAAGCCGAACAUCAUCGUGAAUAAUUACAAUCCGGACAUUAUGCUAGUGCCAAAUCCACAAAAUCCACACUUCAAUAGCAUGUUGAUGACGAAUUUGCUAAGUGGGCGUGGCCGUGAUGCUGCGUACGAGACAAAUUCGAAGGAUAGCGCACAGUCGAUGUACGAUCGCAAGAUCACGUGCAUGCUAUAUCUGCAGGCCGAUCACACAUUCUUUCAGAAGAUGGGUUCCGAUGAGGCCAGCAUUGAGGCGAUCACGCGUCAUGUGCAGCGCGCCAAUUCGAUUUACAAGAAUACGGACUUCAACAAUGAUGGCAAGCCAGAUAAUAUAACAUUCAUGAUCAAGCGCAUAAAGGUGCAUAAUAUGAACGCGGUGCGGGAUCCGAAUUAUCGAUUUCCGGGCAAUUACGGCGUGGAAAAGUUUCUGGAACUCUUUUCAGAGGAAGAUUAUGACGCCUUUUGCCUGGCAUACAUGUUUACAUAUCGAGACUUUGAGAUGGGAACGCUGGGCUUGGCAUGGACUGGUGACCUCAAAAAUGCCGGCGGCGUGUGUGAGAAGAAUGGCCACUAUCGUGGUUCUUUGAAAUCGCUGAACACAGGCAUUGUCACGCUACUAAAUUAUGGUAAACAUGUUCCUCCAGCUGUGUCGCAUGUGACAUUAGCACAUGAAAUCGGACAUAAUUUUGGAUCACCUCACGAUCCGGAACAGUGCACACCCGGCGGUGAGGAUGGUAAUUUCAUAAUGUUUGCGCGCGCCACGUCCGGUGAUAAAAAGAACAACAACAAAUUCUCACCAUGUUCACUAAAAUCCAUCGAACCCGUACUAAAUGCGAAAGCACGUAGCGCCAAAGGCUGUUUCACCGAACCGCAGGCGUCCAUUUGCGGCAAUGGCGUGGUCGAGGGUGACGAACAGUGUGACUGCGGUUGGGAGGAGGACUGCAAGGAUACAUGUUGUUUCCCGAUGUCACGUCAUCCGCGCAUCGACGAAAAGCCAUGCACUUUGACACCGCGUGCCAUGUGCAGUCCAUCGCAGGGACCAUGCUGUACGGGUGAUUGUAAAUUGAAAUUCGGCGAUAAGUGUCGCGAUGACAACGGCUGUCGCGAUCCGAGCUUCUGUAACGGUCUCGGACCGGAAUGUCCGCCAUCGGUGAACAAACCGAAUAAGACGAUAUGUAACAAAGAAUUCGUGUGUUACAUGGGUGAGUGUACGGGUAGUAUUUGUUUGGCCUACGGCCUCGAGUCAUGCCAAUGCAUACCGGGACCGACUGAUGACAAAAUUAAAUCGUGCGAAUUAUGUUGUAAAUUGCCCGGAGAGGGUAAUGCCUGUCGCAGUUCGUUUGAAUGGAAUGAGCCGCCGUUUGAUGUGCCGGAUAUGUACGCGAAGCCGGGCACGCCGUGCAACGAUUACAAUGGCUAUUGUGACGUAUUCCAAAAAUGUCGCGAAGUUGAUCCGUCAGGACCGUUAGCUACGCUACGCAAAUUGCUGUUGUCGGAGGAGAGCAUUGCCACAUUUAAGAAAUGGGUACAGCAUAAUUGGUACACAGUUGUGUUGGCGGCAUUGGGCGUAUUCGUGUUGCUGAUACUCAGCACGAAGCUGCUGGCGAAACGCUCGAAUCUGAAACUAAAAUCGGUGACCAUCAUACACAGCGCAACCACCGAAACGGUGCGUCUACCCGACGACAACAACGGCGUCAUCGUGCACACGGCCGUCCGUACAAAAGUACCGUUCAAGAAAAAGGUGCGCGGCGAGCGCAGCAACAAAAGUAAGAGCGCGCACAGAAGCGGCAGUAGUGGCAAUAUAGGCGCUGGCAAAACUAAAGGCAGCGGCAGCGGCGGCAAAGCGACGUCCUCCAAAGCAGCCGAGUUAGCGGCGAAAUCAACGCACGCGCAUAACCGUAGUGGAAAACCAAGCAAUACAGCAGCAGCAGCAACAGCUGCCGGCGCUGCUGGUGGAGAAGUUUUGGUAAAGCCAACGCGCACCAAGAAAAAUCGCGUUGGUAGUGGUGGCGGUGCGGCUGCGUUGAAGGCCACACCAGUUGCGGGAGCAUUAAACACGCCACUUGCGGCCACAGGCAGCAGCGCCAAGUUGGAGAACGAAGCGAAAGUGAAGAGUAAGCGCUUUAAGAAGCACAAUAAAGAAAUCAUCGAUUAUUCAUCGCGCGGUGGACAAGACGCGGCGAGCAUUAGCGGUAGUGGGCACACCAACACCUUCGGCAAAGUGCAGAAAUGGCUGCUGGAGUCGCCGAUUGUCGUGCAACCGCUUUCGCAUAUCGAACACUCUUCGAAAAUACGAAAAGUGAUGAGCAAAUCGCAGUCCACCCCCGAACGUCUGGUACAAAAGUCGCCGCAAAAGUCCAAGUCGGUGACGAAUCUGGUCAAUGACAAAGUGAAACUGCAAGUGGUAUAUAAGCCGCCAUUUAAGUUCGCGCUGCGACUCUCCAAGAAUGCCAAAGUGAAGACGCAUGUAAUUGGCGGUGCAGCGAACAAACUUAAGCGGACGACACGUACGAACGGCGCUGGGGCCAAUGGCGCCGAGAGCAAACGCAAGAGCAGCAAUCAAAAUAGCGAGGGUAGCAAGAACUCUGGCGGCGGUGGCAAUGACGAGGUUAAAUGCAAACGCAUUGCGCUGUUACUCCGCAAUAAUAACGAAGACAAUCAAAUACUAACCUUAAACGAACCGACCUAUGAGACGCUCAAUCCGAAAACCAUGCCCUCCAAAAUGGAGAAUCCAUUCUACGAGAAUCUGCUGUGCAGCACAGCGACGGGCGAAAUGCGUGCCGCCAUGACCGCCAACAAUGAAGCGGCAGCGAGCAACAGCCUCGCGGCGAACUCGGCAAACGCAAGUGUUUCCAGUAAGACUGCCAGUUCAAAUAGCGGUAAGCUGACGUCCGAUGCGCAUGCCGUCGGUGGUGCACUGCAAAAGCAACGCGCUCACAACUACAGUCGCUCCAAUUCCUUUUCGGCCAAUAAUCCAUUUACCGCCAAUCAAAAUGCACUCCAUGCGCGCAAGCUGAGCGAAAGCAGUACCGCACAUCAGCCUGUGGCGAAUACAGCCAAUUUGGGCCGCAACUUUGGUAGUACACAAAAUCUUGGCCAAAUGGCGCAAAAUCAAAAUCAUCUAGCCAAAUCAAAGAAACGCAGCAGUCUGAAUCUUAAACUCAACAGCGCCGCCAAGAAUGGUAAGGAUCCGCCUAUUGCGGCGCGGCGCAGCAAUUCCAAUAUGAAUUUACGUAGUAAUAACGCGGCCACCACGUAUCAGCCCAGUAUCUACACGAAUGAUCCGCAAAACUCCAUUGCCACCGCAACCACCAACACAACCACUUCCACACACGCCAGCAAUGCUGCUGCCACCAUAGUUACGCCCGCGCCUACGGAACGUCAGCUGCGACGGAGCUCCAGCAGUACCGCCUACCAACACCAACCAAAGUCCGCAAGCCAGAGCUCGGCUGGUCAUGCUUUCUCAGCGGUGCUGCCAGCUGCGCGCACCAGCUUCAGCAACAUACCACGUGCCAGUCUAAGUGCCGCUGCCAGCAGUAGCGUAAAUGCGAGCGCCGCCAACACCAAUGGCGGUCUGGGCAAUUUCAACCGGAUAACCGAUGGAGAUCAACUAGUCGUCGCAGGUAGUCAGUCCAGUCACAGCAGUCAAGGUAGUCAUGCAAGCCAUCCCAGCCACAGUAGCCACCAUGCACCGGUACGCCAUGAGCAUCGACGUAGUCGUAGCAACGCACAUUCCACCACAGCACCAUCACUAGCCAUCACUGCCAAUUCUAAUGCCACCGCCCCUACGGAACAACAUUUGCAACAACAGCAACAAAAGCGUUCCAAUUCUAUAACACAGCUGCAACAUAGCUAUCAUCCGCCGCCGUUGCCGUCUGUGGCGACGGCGUCCAGCCACAUUGGUCAGGCGCGUAUGGAAGGGGAGCACGAACUGCCAUCCGACUUGGAGGUAUUGUUGUCCGAUGUGGAGAAUCUAGUUAGUUAAGGGUUAAUAGUUAUAAGCAAUAGAUGUGCGCUUGAGUACUGUGGGAAGGUGGUCGAAAGUGCUUUACGCAAAGCAAUUAAACGGUAUUUAAUAGUGAUUAACGGUCAAUGAAUGUAUGUAUGUUUGUAGAAAAACUGAGCACAUUGUUUACCGAAUGUAAGUUGCUUCCAGUACAUAUAAAAUAUUAUUGUUUCUUACUUUACUUUCGCUUAUUUUACAAGUGAUGACAAAGUGUAAUCGAUAAAUUAUUUUUCUAAAAAAAUAUCGAUUUAAAAUUGUGUCAGGCGAGCAACUUUGAUUUCGUUCUGACCCGUUCUAAUAAAGACAUAUACUUAGUACUUAGCAAUUUUUAACGAUUUUCUUAAGAAUAAUUUUUUCAUAAUGUUUUAUCGAUAUCCUUUAAUUUUAACUCCUUUUUUCAUAAAAGUCUUUAGUAUGAAAACAUAGUUUCAAAUAUAAAAUCUAAAUAUUGGAGAAAAAAAACUUAAGUCGAUUAACACAUGAGUCUCAAUAUUACCGCAAGUAUUUCAAAAAUCGUUUUCGAUAACAAAAUUUGGAAAAAUAUAGUUUCAUUAAAAUUUUAAUGUUUUUAUACUAAAUAUUUAAUUUAAAAAUUCUAAAUGAAAAUUAUCGAUAGCAUUUAAAUAAAAUUAUCGAUAACAUCUAAAUAAAAAUUAAUGAUAACAAUUGUUUGUACUUUAGCGAUUUUUUAACAUUUGAAAACUCUAAAAAUUUCGAUUUAACUUUUUUGCAUUUCAUUAUAAUUUUGAAAAUCAGUUCUUAGUACUUUAUCGAUAGUUUUUAACAUUGGAACAAUAUGAAAAAUUGAUUUUAUCUUUUUAUUUUCUCCUUUAAUACCGCUCUUUCGGAAUUCUAUUCCAAUUUAUUUUAUUUUUUUCAAGUUUAUCGAUAAUUUUUUAUCCAAUUGAAACGUAGAAGCAGAUAAGAAAACUUUUAUUUUCAGUUUUCAAAACAUAUAUGAAAAAAUUUAAAAAAAAAAUGUUUAAUAUAAUUUUUUUUAAGUUUUCGAUUUUUAAUAAUUAACACAAUAAUCUCAAAAAUCUCGAAAUAUUAAACUAAUGAUAAAGAAAUAACUAAAGUGACGUCACUAUAGCAAAUUUACUCUGUACAAACUGAGAGCAACGACACUCUCUCCAAAUUUCUUUAGUCAUGACUUUUUUAUACCUAUGAAAUUUCUCCUAACGCUUUUUAACUGAAAUCUUAUACGAUUUUUUGUAAAUUUUAAAUGUAAU